GAUAUAAUCGAUGCGACAAAACCCAAAAACUCUUGCACUCAAGACAAGAGCGCUUUACCACCGGAAGCGGCUAUAAGUGAAGACUGUUUGGUAUUAAACAUAUGGACACCAAAUGCGGGCAAUAAUAACACAAACAAAUCACAGCUCAAACCCGUUAUGUUUUGGAUAUAUGGCGGGGGCUUAUCGAGCGGCUCUAUAUUUGUGGACUAUUUUAACGGCAAAGUUUUGGCCACAAAUGAUGUGAUGAUUGUCUCAACAAACUAUAGGUUAGGACCGUUUGGGUUCCUAUACGGGGAUCGGGAGGACGCGCCCGGAAAUGUCGGCUUUUAUGACCAGUUAUUGGCUCUCAAAUGGGUUAGAGAAAAUGCUGAACAAUUUGGCGGAGAUAGGGAUCAGAUCACUAUAUUUGGUGAGAGCGCCGGCAGUUGGUCCGUAUCGACACAGAUAUUCAGUCCGUUAACAAAAGGCUUAUUCAAGAGGGCUAUUAUGGAAAGCGGGGCCUUAAUGUUCAGCAAAAGCCAGGACCCCAUCAGCACCGGUGAGGCUCUACAGGCGGCCAAAAAUAUGGCGAAGCAUUUCAAUUGUAGUGAAUCUGAAGAGUGGUUACAGUGUUUACGAGGAUUGCCGGCCGAUAAGCUACGGACCGUCACAAUCUUUCCGACAUUCCCGGUCUUAGGGACUGAAUAUUUGCCAAUUUCUGCCCAAAAAGCGUUUACAGAGAAAAACUUUCGGACAGAUAUCGAUCUACUGACAGGGCUAGUGAGGGACGAGGGUUCAAUCCUCGCCGAGCUUAUGGUCGGACCCCUCGCUAACCCCCUGACAGUCCAAUCAUUCAAACAAUACAUUAAUAAAACCAACGCUAUAUACCGGGGUCUCGAUGUCCAGCGAUGGACAGACUAUUACCUGCAAAAUGUGAACCAAUCGGACCCCCGGGCCCUCCGCUGGGCUUUCUAUGACUUUUUCGGUGACGUCUCAAACAAAUGUCCGACAUAUUUGUUUGCCAAACAAUUUUACUUAAACCGGGAUAAGUCCCAUAAAUGCGAUCCAGAGACCAUGGGCAUUUGUCACGGUAUGGAUAUACCAUAUGUGUUUGGUUUACCGUUGACUACACCGGGAUUUACACCCGAAGAUCAGGCGCUCAGUCGUGCGGUUAUGAAAAUGUGGACACGUAAUUGUAUUGAUGUGAAGACAACAUCGGGUGUAGUGAGGGGUCAGACGAUAGAUGUGUUGAACGUAAGUAUUGACCAAUUUUUGGGUAUACCUUAUGCCGAACCACCCGUCGGGAGACUCCGGUUCGCCAAACCUGAACCCAUCAAAACACCCAAACCGGAUAUAAUCGAUGCGACAAAACCUAAAAACUCGUGCAUUCAAAACGUGUCAUUACUUGUCCCAAAUCUAACGUUUAGUGAAGACUGUUUGGUAUUAAACAUAUGGACACCAAAUGUGGGCAAUAAUAACACAAACAAAUCACAGCUCAAACCCAUUAUGUUUUUCAUACACGGCGGGGGCUUAACGAGCGGCUCUAUAUUUGUGGACUAUUUUAACGGCAAAGUUUUGGCCACAAAUGAUGUGAUGAUUGUCUCAACAAACUAUAGGUUAGGACCGUUUGGUUUCCUAUACGGGGAUCGGGAGGACGCGCCCGGAAAUGUCGGACUCUUUGACCAGUUAUUGGCUCUCAAAUGGGUUAGAGAAAAUGCUGAACAAUUUGGCGGAGAUAGGGAUGAGAUCACUAUUUUUGGACAAAGCGCCGGCAGUUGGUCCGUAUCGACACAGAUAUUCAGUCCGUUAACAAAGGGCUUAUUCAAGAGGGCUAUUAUGGAAAGCGGGGCCAUUCUGUACAGCAAAAGCCGGGACCCGAUCAGCACCGGUGAAGCCCUACAGUCGGCCAAAAAUAUAGCAAAACGUUUUAAUUGCAGUGAAUCUGAGGAGUGGUUACAGUGUUUGAGAGAAAUACCGGCCGAUAGGCUACAGACGGUUACAAUCUUCCCUACUUUCCCGGUCUUAGGGACCCAAUAUUUGCCCAUUUCUGCCCAAGAAGCUUUUCGGGAGAAGACUUUUAGGACAGAUAUCGACCUAUUGUCAGGCCUAGUGAGGGAUGAGGGCUCAAGUCUGGCAGAGCCUAUGGUCGGACCUUUGCCUAACCCCCUGACCGUCGAGUCAUUUAGACAAUACAUUAAUAAAACCAACGCUAUAUACCGGGGUCUGGAUGUCCAGCGAUGGACAGACUAUUACCUGCAAAAUGUGAACCAAUCGGACCCCCGGGCCCUCCGCUGGGCUUUCUAUGACUUUUUAGGCGACAUCACAAACAAGUGUCCGACUUAUUUGUUUGCUAAACAAUUUUAUUUAAACCGGGAUCGAUCUCAUAAUGUCUAUUUUUAUGAGUUAACAUAUGAAAAUCCUAUAGUAGCUAAACUAAUGAAGUGCGAUCCAGAGACCAUGGGCAUUUGUCACGGUAUGGAUAUACCAUAUGUGUUUGGUUUACCGUUGACUACACCGGGAUUUACACCCGAAGAUCAGGCGCUCAGUCGUGCGGUUAUGACAAUGUGGACUCGGCCAAAAACAGUGAAAAUAAUCAUCAUGAACCGGAGUCUCCCGACGGGUGGUUCGGCAUAA